CAGGAUUUACAUGUAGUAAUCACCAAACAGAGUUAAAUACCGCACCAAGGUUUUGUUAUUGCCACAGAAUAAGGGACGUUUACGUGCUGCUGUAUUAACAAUGCUGGGGAGUGACUGGGUGUGCUCAGAUGCCCAGGUCUACUUAAGUCGGUGCCAUCGACGAAUGCAUUGUUAACUCUCGGAUACGGAAUUACGGAUAGAAGUGGAUUCACUGUUUCCCGUGUGACUUAUACAUCAAUAUUAUAUAGAAGAAGGCAGGAUAGAUAUACACGGGCUACACGAGUGCGGAUUACGUAUUAUCGGACAGUACAAUACAGAAGUGUGGCGACGGAACACACCCACCCGUGACGUCACGGUCAAGCCUGUCACCAACUUGUGGCGAGAGAAAGCGAACUUCAAGUUCAUAAAGUGUGUCUUCCCCGCACUGCUGGCUCGGCGGAAUGUCGUGUUUUCUGUUUAUAUUCGUGUAAGCGAUACUGCAACUGUGAUUAACAAUUCUAAUGGAUGUCCAGGCGAGCUUUGCCAAGCUUUGGAGGGAACGUUUUCCCGGCGAAAGCCCGCCAUCUGUUUUCCAUGUGGACGAAACAAUGAAUAACAAUAAUACUGACAAGCUCCCAACUUCCGGAGUCCGGCAGAGUCCGGAUGCGUUUAGGCAUGACGCUGCACAAGCGCUGCUUGACUGCGAGAAGAGAAUAGAAAUAAUAGAAGCUGACCUCACUAGGCAGAAGUUUUUGAAAGAUUACUUAGUAAAGUUUUUAGAGAGCGAGGUGUUCGUUUCGAACGGCUUGUCAUAUGCAGGUAUUUCGGAGCUAAAUCAUCCAGGCGUGAAUUUUCCAGACCCAGGAGAGGUAAAGGUCGGGGAGGUGUGUACCCGUGUUGUCCGGGGAAAGCGGUCCCGUAUGACCAGCACGAACAAUGUUACAGGUAACGAGAGCCACACAUAUUACAAUCGCCCCUCAAUCCGAUACCACGGGAAGCGUAUGGUGCCUCCUCCCCCUCCAGCAACAACAACAACAACCACAACAGCCAACAAUACACGCGGUGUUACUAUAAAUAAAGCAGCUGUAAGUAAGUGUGAGAGCAGGACAGUGGGUUGCGUGGCGAGUGACUCACAGCCUCACUUAGAGAAACUCAGUGAAGCGGAUAACAGUCAAUCUGACAAGUCAACUCUUACUGACCCACCAGUUGCCAUAUACAACCAUAAACAGCCUCCCGCUGUGAAACCAAAACCAAAACCUCCUCCUCUGCCCGUUCCUAAAAGACAACGACAUCGGGAAGACCUGUCCAGUGAUACAGCGGCGACUGAAGAACCUCGGAUCGCUGACACAGUGAAGAAACAAACUCCAGCCGAUGCUGUACAAACGUCAGUCAGUGGAACAGGCGGCUUAAAUAGUUUGCACACGGCUGAAAAUAGCUGUGUGGUCGCUGGCAAAGCAGGGCAGCCAGGCUUUGUGUCAUCGAGCAGAGAUCUAGGCCAUGAUUCACUUGGAUUCACUCAAGGUAGACAAAAAGAAACGCGUCACACAGAUUCAAGUGUUCAGAUUGAACCGUCAAAAGGUACGCCCAGAACUGUGCUAAAGAAGUUUGGCUCAGCUGACAAGGCAGUUGAUGUAAGCACACAUAGUGGUAACAAAGGCUGUGUGACGAGAGAUUCACCUGACCAAGACCCGUCAGGUGGCAGAAUUUUACAACAGGCCGGUAAAUCUGUGUCAGGUAUACAGGUAGAUGGACCUGUAAGCUCCCAAGCUGUUUCAACAGCUGAUACAGUGAGUGACACUCAGGAGGACAUCAUGAUUCGAAAAUUAACCCACAAAACUUCGAGCAAUUCGGAAAGUGUCACUGGUCUCAAAUACAAAGCCAAAAACAAUUAUGAAAUGGUGGAGUUACCAGACAAUGUGUCACCUUGUAUUAGUUCAGGGAGUGACUGUAAAUUACUUGUCGGAUCGCCCAAGGAUGACCAUUUUUAUGAAAACAGUAUUGUACACACACCUCUACCACCAUUACCAGAUGGGGUAUCAGGAAAUGGGGUUUCCAGUGUUGACGAGUCCACUAAGAGGAUAUCAACGGGACAAGAGUUUGAGGAUACAGACCAAGCUGAGAUUGAAGAAGAAUCUCUAUAUGAGACUCUGGCUGUUGGCAAAUCAUUUCAUGCUGCUCUGACAGCUGAGGAUGAAAGUUUUGAUAGCCUUAGCUUGUAUUCAGAUAACGAAACUGUACGCAGCGAUGCCUCGGCAGAUAGUGGGAUGGAGUCAAAGGCCAGUGUGGAGAGCCACCCUCAUCUGGUAUCAGCAGAGCUUUCAAACAGCGUGGACACCACGGAUCCUUAUGCUGAAUUGUACGCUACAGUAUGCAAACUGAAACAUGAUUUGUCUCCUGAGGUAAGAGUGUCUGCAAAAGCUGAUAGGACUGCUGCCAGUACCACCACCACAACAUCACAACCGGAACAGAACACGCGCCAAAAACGAGUGCCUGAGACAAGAUAUGAAUAUGUUGACAUUGCAGAUUUCCAGACCCCUGACCCUAGUUACAACUCUCCAGGGAAGGUGAAUGAACCUGAGCUCAUUCAAGAGAAAACGCGACCGGCACCUGUCCCUCAGAGACAUGAUUACGAAGAAUGUUUUCCCCCAGGGCUAGAGGAGCAGAGACAGUCCAGUGACGGCCAGGUUCCAGCUGAAGUGACCAUCGGUCAUCAGCAUACUCCAGUUGUGUCAACAGAGAACAUCUCCGGGUCGCCUGUGUGCAUGAGACGUGACCAUCCUGUCAGUCAACCCAGUCGAAACUGUGACAGUGAUGGGACCAUUGGUAGCAAUCGUAACUCUUCCCCAGUGUCUGAGUUGGAUGCAUGCAGCACAGACUCUGAGGGAGAUCAUCCUGGACCAAGCUCACCGGAAAAGGAGAAGUUACGUUUGCGAAAGCUGGUGCUGCAAGGAAUCCUGGAGACAGAACGCGAUUACCUGACCAGUCUAGAGGUUCUCUUAAAGUACAAAAAGUCCCUGGAAGCUGCAGCCGGUUCCUCACAACCAGUUAUGUCCUUGGAGGAUAUCAAGGUGGUAUUCUCCAAGAUUCCAGAGCUGCACAUCAUCCACGAGAAGUUUGUCCAUGAGCUGGCUGAGCGUGUCAACGAAUCAACGCCCCAACAGAGGGUUGGUGACCUCUUCAAAAUGCUGAUCUCCAGUUUCCCUGUGUACAGUGACUAUAUGAAAAACUACCCCAAGGCUGUGGAGACCAUAGGAAGAUGCUCAGAGGAGAACUUGCAGUUUAGGGAACUGGCCAACAUGGUUCCCAUCCCUAACAGCAAGGAGACUCUCAGUCUGCAGAACAUGCUGUUUAAGCCAGUUGUAAGGAUACAGAGGAAUACUUUAGUACUUCAUGACCUAAUAAAUUGUACUCCGAAGACUCACCCUGACUAUGAGGAACUGCUCAAGGCAAAGCAGUUGACUCACCUCAACUUGGAGGAGUACGGCGACUCACGACAAGACAGGUCCAGCAGAAAGCUUGAAGAGCAGCAACACCUGGUGAAGAACAGCUUCCUGGUAGCGCUGGAGGGCGGUCGGCGGAAGUUACGCUACGUCUUCCUGUUCAACGAUGUCAUCAUUUGCACCAAACAGAAAAUCAGUGGAAGGUCUCAGCGACAUAACUUUGAGGUGAAGUGGUUUGCAUCACUGACAGAUAUCCUACUGACAGAUCAUAGGAUAGACCAGCAAGGUGGAGACAGUAACCGUGAAAGUCGGAUUUCCAACAUGGAUGAGGUGGAAGAUUUGAAGAAACGAGUAAUUGCCCUAAAAACUGAGCUGAGGGCAGAGAUUAAGAAAGCCAAGGAGAAUGAAGGAAAAGAGAAAUCCUGGUCAUUUGCAUCUCGGUCUGCCGCCAAAGCUAUUGAAAAACAGAAGAAAAAGCUUCAUGAGCUGGAGGCUGCUCUGGUCCAAGCUUCUCCAAACCUGCCGUUUAAAAUCAACCACAAAUCCUCUGGGAAGUCUUAUGUCUUCCUGAUGUCCACGGAUUACGAACGAGAGGAGUGGAGUGAAGCCAUUAUUGGCAACCAGGCCAAGGUCAAGACAGAUCUCCAAAGCAAACCUUUAACACCUUAUGAUAUCCAGAUGCUAAUUGAGAAUGUUAAACAGUUGCCAAAAGUGAACCGUGUUGGAAAUGCACUGUUGAGAAGUACAGAUGGUGAUGAUGACAACGAUGGGCUCAGUGGAGUGCUGAAUGUCACCAUACACAGACUGUCUGGGCUGACGAAACCAUCCGACACGUUCUGUUGCCUGGAGUUGGAUUCGUAUGGCCACUUCUUCAUGACAGCGAGGACAAAUGUGUGCCGGGGUGAGAAAAACCCCGUGUGGGAUGAGGAAUUUGAGAUUGACCUGGAUGGGUCACAGACACUGCGGAUCCUGUGUUACAGGCGUGGCAAUGAGAGUGAAGGGGAUGUGCUGCUGGGGAAGAGUGCUCUGGAGUUGAAAACAAGUUGGCUGGAGAAAUUCCAUGAAAAGGAAAUUAGCCUGAAUGAGUACAGUCUGAUGGUGUCCAUACGUUAUGUUACUGCUGCAACAACGAUGAAAAGACUGCCGUCACGAUUAAAGACAGGAGUGUUUGGGGUCAAAAUCACCAAUCUUGUCAAGAGAGAAGGGAGAAAAAUCCCAACGGUUGUGACAGCAUGUGUCGAUGAAAUAGAGAAAAGAGGUAUGGAUGAAACCGGAAUUUACAGAGUGUCGGGUGUUACCUCAGAUGUCCAGAGAUUGAAAAAGGCUUUUGACAAGAACAGUCGUGGAGCAAUGCAUCUCCUCAGUGAGUUUGACAUUCAUGCGGUGUCUGGGGUUCUCAAAUUGUACUUCAGGGAGCUACCAGAGCCUCUCUUCACAGAAGCCCUCUAUUGUAACUUCAUUGACAGCUUGGCUCUGGCUGAUGCGGAGGCUAAAGAGAAGUGUAUGUUGUCAUUGUUACACUCAUUACCAGAUCCUAGCCUGAGAACGGUCCUCUACCUCAUUGAUCACUUGAUCAGGGUAAGCCACCAUCAGAAUGAAAACCGCAUGAACCUCCACAACUUGGCUACUAUAUUCGGACCAACUUUGUUGCGACCAGCAGCAAAGGAUCCUGGAACACCCACACCAGACAUGUUGUUCCUGGGGGCGCAGGAAGCUCUCUCACAGACGGCUGUUUUACACUAUUUCAUCACUCUUCGCGUGGCAGGAAAAGACCUCAACAAACCGGCAACAAAAGCUUCAAAGCUGAUAUAGACAUUCCCAACCAUUUUGACAUACAGUUAUACCUGUAUACACAUGCGCCAUUUUGCCACAUAUUUUUUUUGGUGUCUAUGGUGAUUGUUACUGUGUUACCAUGGUGACAGUUGUUUUAGUAUUUUGUGCGAUCAUCUUGAUCUUCUAUUUCUCCUGGAGCUUUUUGCUUCAGGGAGAAACUUCUUGCUUCAGGGAGAAACUUUUUGCCCCCAGGAGAAACUUUUGAGGAUUCUUGCCUUCAUAUAGACUUGUUUAUUGUCAUGCAUUCCUUAUCUCCAGAGCUCUCUUAUGAUUAGAAAUGGUGCAUUUUAUGUGUGAAUUAUGUGUAUAUAUAAAAUCAUUGACUGAAUACCUGUGACUUGCUACGUUGCCAUAGUGACUAGAUAAUUAUGAGAUCAGACAAAUGUUUGUUCUAAUUUCGUGCCAGUGGCCUAUGCGACUUUUUGUUGGAUAUACAACGGUCAUGACAGUUAUCAGACAAACAUCGGAAUGAACUAUGUUGUUUGUGGAAAGAGCAUGAAGAUAUAAAAUGAGAGACUUCUUGUUGUAUUACACGGCACAAAUGCAACCAAGGGAGAUGAACUUCAGUUGUACAGUAUUGGUACUGGACAUGCUGAACAGUAGGCUAAAGCCAUAGACUGCAACUGUAAUAGCACUGGUAAGUAUGCAAGAGACAUAGACUUCAGCUGUAAUAAGACUUCAAACUAUGCAAGAGCGAUGGGCUACAGCUGUUAUAACACUGGAUAGUGUGUUGCAGUAUGGGUUAUGAAUGUUAUAGUAGUCUAAAGCCAUAGACUUCAACUGUAAUAGCACUGGUAAGUUCAAGAGCCAUGGGCUUCAGCUGUAAUAAGACUUCAAACUAUGCAAGAGCGAUGGGCUACAGCUGUUAUAACACUGGAUAGUGUGUUGCAAUAUGAGUUAUGAAUGUUAUACAUGCUAUAACAUGAACAAAGAACAAAUAUUCAGUAAUCUUGUGUAUGAUAUAAAUGUACAUGUACAGACUUGAUACAGACGCAGCCUGACAGAAAGUACGUGUAGUAAGCUGUGCACCCAUAGCCAUGCAAACUCUGACACAUCUCACUGUACUGUGUGUGAGAGAAGACGUGAAAUGUGAGCAUACUCAUCACAAGUACAGUGACAGUGCUGGGUUGUAAUUUAUUCCAUUAUUCCAGGUUUUGUGUUUGGAAAUCUGACUCAUUAACAAGAUUAGUUCAGGAAAAGCAUGGCUUCAUCUGCAUUUCAAAGUUUUUAAUACUUGGAAGAGGACAUUGUUACUUGUACAUACAGCAUGGAGACUAAACCAUCACUUACAUUGAUGUCCGCUGUAAAGACUUGCGUUUAUAUACAUGUAUUUGUUGCUUUGCAUUUUACAUGUUAUUCAUCUGUUGCCAUAUAUACUAGUUGUCCCUAAAUAUAUUUUUUUGUUUUUAUGUCUACUU